CUGUUGUUUCUAAUAUUUUCAUUUGUUCAUCCACUUUCCCUAUCUAGGCGCAUAGCACAAAAAUGGCGACUGGUUUGGUUCGGAGAGCAAUAUAUAGCGUUCAGUCGUCGCCGGCGGCGAAACUGGUGGUGGCUCGAGCUAACGCGUCGGAGGCUCAAGCACAACAGGUGGAGCCCAAGGCCACAACCGCCACCAACUUCAAGACCUUCCAAAUCUACCGGUGGAAUCCGGACAAUCCGACGAAACCGGAGCUUCAGGACUACAAGAUCAACCUCAAGGAGUGUGGUCCGAUGGUUCUCGACGCUCUGAUCAAGAUCAAGAACGAGAUCGAUCCUACGCUCACCUUCCGCCGAUCGUGCCGCGAGGGGAUUUGCGGGUCCUGCGCGAUGAACAUCGACGGCGGUAAUGGAUUGGCUUGCCUGACGAAGAUCCCGUCGGGGACGUCGUCGACGGUGACGCCGUUGCCGCACAUGUUCGUGAUCAAAGAUCUGGUGGUGGACAUGACGAAUUUCUACAACCAGUACAAGAGUAUUGAGCCGUGGUUGAAGAGGAAGAACCCGUCUACGACUGGGAAGGAGUAUCUGCAGACCAAGAAGGAUAGGGCAAAGCUUGAUGGGAUGUACGAGUGCAUACUGUGCUCCUGCUGUAGCACAUCCUGCCCCAGUUAUUGGUGGAACCCUGAGUCUUAUCUCGGUCCCGCUGCUCUUCUCCAAGCCAAUCGAUGGAUAAUGGAUAGUCGUGAUGAAUAUACAAAGGAGCGCCUUGAUGCGAUAUGUGAUGAGUUCAAGCUAUACCGUUGCCAUACAAUAAUGAAUUGUGCCCGUGCCUGCCCUAAAGGACUGAACCCUGCAAAAGAAAUUAUCAACAUCAAGCAGCUUCAGCUUAAAAUUUGAGUGUCUUUGGAAGUAUGAUGAUGUGCAUUGACUUAUUCAGGGAUUAUUUUGGACAACUAGUAUUUUCUGAAGUUAAUAACGUUUGCAUCAAUUGUAUUUGGUCAUUUUCAGAUCUUCUUGUACUUAAAAAGUUUGGGAUAUAUUUUUUUUGUUUCAAUAAUUUUUAUAUAAACUGCUUUGGUCAAUAGGUCUAUAUUGACCUGAACCGUGUUUAUUAAA